AUGGAAGAAGUGCUAGAAGGGGUGCCUGUAUCAAUUACAAGCAGGCUAAAUCAGAAUUUGAUACAACCUGUGGAGGAAAAUGAGGUUAGAGCAGUUGUGUUCUCCAUGCACCCAAAUAAAGCACUUGGACCCGAUGGAUUGUCAAAUCUCAUGGCAAAGGCAAUUGAAAAUAGGCAGAUCACAGGACUCAAAAAAAGUAGAAAUGAACCUAUUCUAUUCCAUUUAUUCUUUGUAGAUGAUUCCUUAUUUUGCUGUAAAGCAUACCCACAGGAAGCUAGAGCCAUGCAAAGGAUUCUUACAAAGUACGAGUUAGUCUCAGGACAGUACAUCAACUAUAAGAAGUCUGCUGCUUUUUUUAGCAGAAAUUGUAGCAGACAACAAAGGAGACAGACUUGUGAGCAGAUGAACAACAUCAAAGAGGCAAAUAGUGGCAAAUACUUGGGACUUCCCCUAGUGAUAACAGGAUCAAAAAAGCAAGUCUUCACCUACAUUGUUGAUAAAGGAAGAUCCAAAAUGCAAGAAUGGAAACACAAUCUACUCAGCUAUGCAGGGAAAGAGGUACUUCUGAAGUCAGUCAUUAUGGCAUUACCCACUUACACAAUGUCAUACUACAGGUUACCUAAAGGACUGUGUGCAGAAAUAUGUGGCCAUAUGGCAAAAUUCUGGAGAGGCCAAAAUGAAGAGAAAAGAAAGAUGCAAUGGAUAAGUAAGGAGAAAAUCACACAGGUGAAAGGAAAUGGAGGCCUGGGAUUUAGAGAUCUAGAGCACUUUAAUAGUGCUUUGUUAGCAAAGCAACUGUGGAGACUAUUACUGUAG